CAACGUGACUCCUCCAUCUUCGGUCUAUUGUCUGGCUGGCGCGUCCAUAAAGCGCUAACCCUAACUACCCUCUCUCUCUCUCUCUCCUCUUUCUCUCACUACCCACUAUCACUCACUGGUUUUGCUUCCCACUUUCUCUAUCUUCUGCCUUGUGGAUUCAACUACUGUGGAUGAUCUCUCUGCUCUUCGACUCAGUUUAAUCUUCAUUUUCACCUUUACUGGCUCUAAUCAGAGAGUAAUGUAGCUGAUUUUGAUUCACAAUUUCUUUUGCAUUUUGGGACAAAAUGCUUUUCUGUUGAUUCCUUUCGUGGAUCAAUCUGGUUUGCGGCUAAACUGAAACAGGCUUUCUUGGUGAAUAUAGUUGGCAUUGGAUCAGCAAAAAUGAGGUCUUUGGCGUUUCAUUUUGGGUGUAAAAUUCUAAUGCUAUUUAGCCUUUUGACUAUUGGGAAGGCAGAGAUUUACAUAGUAAUGGUUGAAGGAGAGCCAGUGAUAAGUUACAAAGGUGGUGUCGAUGGUUUUGAAGCCACUGCUGUGGAGUCUGAUGAGAAGAUUGAUGUAAACAGUGAAAUAGUGACAUCUUACUCUCGUCACCUAGAAAAGAAACACGACAUGCUUCUGGGGAUGCUGUUUGACCGUGGGACCUACGAGAAACUCUAUAGCUAUCGGCAUCUUAUUAAUGGCUUUUCAGUUCACAUAUCUCCUGAACAGGCAGAAAUUCUUAGACGAGCCCCUGGUGUGAAAUCUGUGGAAAGGGAUUGGAAGGUGAAGAAACUUACAACACAUACCCCACAAUUUUUGGGCCUUCCAACUGGAGUAUGGCCGACAGGAGGUGGAUUUGACAAGGCUGGAGAGAACAUUGUAAUAGGAUUUGUGGACUCGGGGAUUUAUCCUCACCAUCCAAGCUUCUCAACCUACAAUACGGAACCAUAUGGGCCUCUUCCAAAAUACAGUGGAAAAUGUGAAGUUGAUCCUGACACCAAAAGGAGCUUCUGUAAUGGGAAGAUUAUUGGAGCCCAACAUUUUGCAGCAGCUGCAAUUGCAGCUGGGGUAUUUAAUCCUGCUAUUGAUUUUGCUUCUCCCCUGGAUGGAGAUGGACAUGGAAGUCAUACAGCAGCUAUUGCUGCUGGUAAUAAUGGUGUUCCUGUGAGAAUCCAUGGAUAUGAAUUUGGGAAAGCAAGUGGAAUGGCUCCUCGUGCUAGAAUUGCUGUGUACAAGGCACUAUACAGGCUUUUUGGAGGGUUUGUUUCAGAUGUGGUUGCUGCUAUUGAACAGGCCGUUCAUGAUGGUGUGGACAUUAUCAAUCUCUCGGUGGGCCAAAACACUCCUCCUGCAGCCACAAAGACCACAUUUUUAAAUCCUUUUGAUGCUACGCUUCUUUCAGCUGUGAAAGCCGGAGUGUUUGUUGCACAGGCAGCUGGAAAUGGGGGUCCUUUUCCCAAAACAUUGUUGUCAUAUAGUCCAUGGAUAACAUCUGUAGCUGCUGCAAUUGACGAUCGCAGAUACAAAAACCAUCUGACCCUGGGAAAUGGGAAAAUUUUACCAGGAGUUGGGUUGUCACCUGCUACACAUGCAAAUCAAGCAUUCACCAUGGUUGCAGCUAAUGAUGUUCUGCUGGAUUCUUCAGUUAUGAAAUACAGCCCUGCAGACUGCCAGAGGCCAGAAGUUUUAAACAAAAACUUGGUGAAAGGAAACAUUCUUGUUUGUGGCUAUUCUUUUAAUUUUGUUGUUGGUACUGCAUCAAUCAAGCAAGUCUCAGAAACAGCCAAGAGCCUCGGUGCAAUUGGCUUUGUUCUUGCCGUAGAAAAUGUUUCUCCAGGAACAAAAUUUGAUCCUGUUCCUGUUGGAGUUCCCGGUAUUGUCAUCACAGAUGUUAGCCAUUCAAUGGAGUUGAUAGAUUAUUACAACAUCUCCACAUCAAGGGAUUGGACUGGACGCGUGAAGAGCUUCAAAGCAACAGGCGGCAUUGGGGAUGGUCUGGUGCCCAUACUACACAAAUCAGCACCGCAAGUAGCACUGUUCUCUUCACGUGGGCCCAACAUAAAAGAUUAUGGUUUUCAAGAUGCUGAUCUUCUCAAGCCAGAUAUUCUAGCUCCUGGUUCUCUAAUUUGGUCUGCUUGGGCUCCAAAUGGAACAGAUGAGGUUAAUUACAUUGGAGAAGGAUUUGCUGUGAUAUCUGGAACCAGCAUGUCUGCACCUCAUAUAGCAGGAAUAGCUGCCCUUAUUAAGCAGAAGCAUCCUCAUUGGAGCCCAGCUGCCAUCAAAUCAGCCUUGAUGACAACAUCAACAACAGUGGACAGAGCAGAGAGACCCCUUCAAGCUCAACAGUAUUCCGGAUCUGAAACCAUUACACUGGUCGCAGCAACUCCUUUUGAUUAUGGGAGUGGCCAUGUUAAUCCCAGAGCCGCUCUUGAUCCUGGACUCAUCUUUGAUGCAGGUUAUGAGGAUUAUCUGGGGUUCUUGUGCACCGUGCCCGGAAUCGAUGCCCAUGAGAUAAAGAAUUAUACAAAUUCACCAUGUAACUACACCCUUGGCAACCCAUCAAACUUCAACACCCCUUCAGUCACAAUUUCCCACCUUGCAAAAACUCGAACAGUGACACGCACUGUAACAAAUGUUGCUUUGGAAGAAGAAACCUACGUCAUCACUGCAAGAAUGGCACCAGCAGUUGCCAUUGAAACCAACCCUCCAGCAAUGACUCUGAGACCUGGUGGAUCAAGGAAAUUCACAGUGACUCUCACGGUAAGAUCAGUAACCGGAGCAUACAGUUUUGGGGAGGUUUUGAUGAAAGGAAGCAGAGGACACAGAGUCAGAAUCCCUGUAGUUGCUAUGGGUUAUGACUGGUAACUUUGGUUGCAAUCUAGAUGAUUGAAUAUUAUUGUGAUCAUGGUGAUGAUGAUAUUCUUUUGUAAUCUGUGGGAAUAAGAAGAUAUAUAAGAAAAAAGCUAGAGGGUAUUGAUAUGAAAAUUCAUAUAUAUAUAUAUAGAAUAGAGGAGUUGUUGUGAAGAUAUCUCGUCUUAGUAAGUAUAAAGGGAGGGGAGACUUUCUAGUUUCUUCCACUCAUGUAACUUUUGGUGAGUUUUGUUGGUGUCUGUAAUGUGGUGGAAUGCCUUUGUAUUCAUUCCCCUUUACAGUGCAUGAAAUAGCCUUUUGGUUGUUGGAUUGUUUUGGUAUUUGGGUAGCGAAAAAAGGGCUAGAUGGGGUUUCAUCUCAUGUAACUUUGCUAUUGUAUUCUUGACUCUUCUUCCUCGUGAUAUAAUGAUAUUAUUUUUUCCCCUUCUUAUAAGAUAAA